AUGGAUUUACUUCCAGCUUCCCUACAGUGCAUUCUGUGCUUGUGUCACAUCAUCUGCCUCUUUUGCGAAUUACCAAACUCGAUUCUCCUGCUUCUCAACGAUCAAGUCACCCGAACAACUUGCAACAAGAUAAUCUGGCCUUACAACUUUGCCAACUGCUUCCAAGAAAUGCUCAUGCUCAUGAUGCUGCUGGACAUCUACGCAAUGAUCUUGUUCCCUAUAUGGUCAUUCACUUAACUGAAAAAACAGGCCCAAAAUAUUUUUGUUAAGGUAUCGAAAAUGCAGCAACGUUGCUUACAUCGUCGCACUGAUAUUUCUGCCGACAGUUUUUGGAUCGAUAAUCAUGAUUUGGUCCCUUUUGUGGAUGAACGACGAUAUCAUACCAUUUUGUAAUCCUCCGUUAGGUGAGCUUCCGAAAUUUUCUCUCUAUAUUUAUCAGUUUUUAGCUUAUCACCCGACCGUUAGCCUUACCUGGUCCUCAAUCAGCGUCUGCCUGAACACCUUGAUCUUAACUUUAUUCGUCGUUCUUAUGCUCUUCAUCCAGUUCAAAAGUGCCAAGAAUUUCGGUCGGGAGGCUAUAAAACUGAUCCGUUAUCUGAAAGUCAGCACCGUGACUUUCAUCUUUUCCUGGUACGCUUGCCUUUUCGGCGUCCAGCUUUGGGUGGUUCUCGGAUUUGAAGGCAAUACCUUGUUCUUCUUGCAAAGUAACAUGGUGGGUUCGAAUUCAGUUUUUAUUCCGACAAAGAAGUUUCAGGUCAUCUUCGCCCUGAUAUGCUAUUCGCAGUCAUUUUACGUCCUGAUGUGGAGAUCAAAGGACUACCGUAUUGCUUUUCUGACCAUGUGGAAUUUUAUUCCGAUGGUUCAGAAGAAACUUUCAUCCAAAGUUUCAGUAGUUGUCUCUACGUCCCAACGCGUCACACAGACCAAUAACAUUUAA